AUUGAUAAUUUUGAUUUAUUUUAAAAGUAUAAAGAAAAUAAUAUGAACUGUUUGACGGAACAGAUAGGAACCAUCGAAGAACACGAGGCGGAGCUAUGACGCCGCUUUCUAUAUCGGCAUCGCCUUCGCCGCCGUGGCCACUUCUCUCUCCGCCACUAUCUUCAUCGUCGUUAAACAGAGCUGCUCCGUCUAUUUUUUCCCCUUUCUCUCGAAUCAACCAUGGCUUCUCGUGCUCUUUCAUCGCCGUUCAACGCUUCGCUCUAAGCCGCAAGACAAGGAAGCAGUUACAGGUGGUGGCUAUGGCUCCUGAGGAAGAGAAGCUCACUCGUCGCAAUCCUCUCGAUUUCCCUAUCGAAUGGGAGAGACCAAAGCCAGGGAGGAGACCAGAUAUAUUCCCAAAGUUUAGUCCUAUGAAGUCACCGUUGCCUCCUCCUAUGCCUUAUGAUCCUCCAGAAGAAGAGGAAGAAGAGGAAGAGAAGAAAGAAGAAGAAACUGAAGAUGACCCUGAAAAGGAAGACGAGGACCAACCCGAUAACCGGUCGUAAGAGGUUUCAUUUUUUCUAACUGUUAUUGUUGUUGUUUUUUUGCCUUAGAGACAUGUUUAGAUCUUCUUUCAUUUCAAAGAUAAAAUAGAAGUAUUGUCAACCCCACCGAAAGCGCUUUAGUGGAAGCUCUGAACUCAUAUUACUACUUCUGUUUGUUCAUCUACUUAACUUCUGAACUCAUAUUCCAAAACUACUUAACUUCGUCAAGUGCAAAAUUGCAACGGCCGUACUAUUUUCAUCUUUGGCCACAAUGCAGUAAGAUCUCUGGAAGAUGGAUCAUUGGUGAUCCCAGAUCGUGUUUCCAGCGAGCUUUCCUGAAUAUGUUUCUGCUGUAGAAUUUAUAUAUUCUUAUAUCCCCGUUGACAUUGUGUAUUUUGUUUCAUCGCUUCUGAUUCCAUUUCAAAUGUCGAAAACUAAGUAAUGGUGGUCAAAUGAUUUUGAUCAACAAGUACUCCUUUUAUGUAAAGAUUAUGUUGUGGUUAAAGAAAUUGGUUGAUAUAUU